UCACCCCCAAUUUUUAUUAUAGAUCUGUCUACAAAUCCAGUCCCAAAAGGUCUGAGACCUGGCCAGAAAUGGAGAAAUGUUCACUCUCUUUUUUCCCUGGCCCCCAAGAGGUGCAUGUGGAGACUGAAAAACUUUAUUCACGAAACAUCUUUUAGACUACACGACAGUCAUUAUAAAAGAGGUAUAUUUACAGGUAUAUUAGAUAUUUGAGUAUUGCUGUCCUUGAGUGAUAAAAGAUUGGUGAAGAAUGCAAACAUUAACAAUCCAGUGAUUAGUGACAAUUAAGAAAUCAUACCAUUAUCUAUCAUCAUGUUACAAGCAGUAUAUGGUAAUACAGUAUGUACUAACACACAUAUGUACCUGAACACAGUUUAUAUUACUAAUGUCAGUAUAUUGUAUUAUAUAGAGAUACAGCAGUAAACCUUACUUAAGAAUGAUAAGGAGUGGUAACACUUUGGUGGCUCCAAUUAGUGAACAUACAUACAGUAUUGUAACUGGAGCUAUGGGGAGUCUACACAUCAAAGGACCUUCACUGGUUUCUGUAUAUUGCAUACUUUGUGGCUUCUAUGAUGAUAUAAAGUGAUAGACAGUAAGAGCUGAAUUCAUCGUAAUAGAGAAACAACUAAAAUGGGAUCAGGACUACUAACACUAAUUAUACUAGUUAUACUAAGUACAUGUUAUACAAAUGGACUAACAUUGAAUGACUUGUACCCAUAUGGUACACAACAUGGGGACACCAUGAGGACUGGAUCCAGUCUCCCUGGAGUAUCAAUACAACCUCCAAUCAAUAAUUUUGUUAGACUUAGUCCAGCUGGACUUACAGUAACAGGAUAUAGAGUUAGACAUGUAGGGUUCCUGGCAAUUCAAAAUGAUGAUGAUGAAAUCUUUUUACAUUUGCUCCAGUCUUCAGUUGAUUUUUCCAAUACUGAAGUAUAUGGUAGGACUACUGCUGAUCCAGGGCUGAUAAACAGAGCAAUGGAUCAGAUUAAUGAAGCAUUUCCUAAUACUUUCUGCAGUACAUCUCCUCCUACACAAUUAAUAAUAGCAACUUGGAUAGAUUUUCAAAAAGCUGGCACAAAUCCAGGCAGUAAUUUCCAACUAGUAAUUGUAACUAAUGAAAGCAUUACAUUUGGUAUUGCUCUUUAUGUCAAUGUGAGCAUUACAACAGCUACUACUGGACUAGAUUCAAACAUUAACAGUAAUAAUAUACCACCUGAUCCUUCUUUCUUUCCAUUUGGUACUGACGUCAUGGAUGCUCCUGCUAUGAUGCUCAAUAGCAACAUACCAGGGACAUAUAUAUUUUCACUGAAUCAUAUACUACCAGAUACUUGCAGUUCUGUCUGCUUUUCUUGCAAGGCCAGACUUGCUCAGUUGGCAUGUGAGGCUCUGAAGAUUAAUGGAGAAGAUGUACCAGCUUCUUGUAAUAACUAAUACCAUUUCAUUUUAUUCUGUUUUGUUUUUGUUUUUGUGAUUAAAAAGACAUGUUAGUUGUGCUUUACUUUCUUAUAGCACCAUAAA